UUUUUUAUCACGAGAAUGGCAAUUUAUUGCUUCCAACUACCCCUUACGAUAGUAAGAAGAGAACCGAUUGUUCCAUCCCCAGCCGAUAGUUUGACAGCCCUGCCACUGAGAGAGCAUAAUGACGUGGUGAACUUUACCGCACAGGAACGCACUGAACCGGGGUCCAAACUCUGCGAGUCCUGGAACAUUGGCAAGCAGGCUCUGAAAAUAGCAAUCUCCACAUCGACACAGUCAAAAAUCUCGCAAGAACAAGAGCAGAACCCUACAACGGGAGGAAGAAGAAGAGGGCGACAACGACGACGGGCGGUGCAGAAUAUGAAUUAGAGAAUAAUUAGCGAUUGGAGCGCGUUAGCC